UAGAUUGGAAUUUGUUACUAAAAUUUAGCAACUAUGAUUGUUUUUUACUUUCAAAAUUUAGAUCAUUAUUAGAAGUUUUUGUAAGUUUAUUAUCUAAAUCUUCGAGUGUCUUUAAUUUAUAUUAUUCAUAAAUACUUUAAAUAGAUGAACAGCUUAUUUAUUUAACUAGUUUACUAUCGAGGGAUAUAUAGUAUUUUUAAUGUGUAUUUUCAUGAAUUUGUAAAUUGCUUUACUCCUAACUUAGCCUUAUUACUUCACUCAGAUCCAUAUCAAAUCUAAUUUUCCCGGAAAUCUUUCAUUUCCUGGGAAAAUUUGUGAACUUGAUCGUUCAUAUUCAGAGAAAAAUCCAUGGCAAAUGCCUGGAAAAGAGACAGAGGCACGAAUUUCGUUUCACCCAGAACGCUGUUCUCACUCUUCUCCAUCACUUUCCUCUUCCUAAUCUUCUUCCUCUUCUUCUUCACCUCUUCAAAUCGCAAUCCUUACCCCAGCCCUACCGUCAAUAUCAAAACCACAUUCCCUUUCCGCACAAUCCAACCUUUCGAUUGCCAGAAAUGUCCCCAAUCUUACCCGGUGAUUGCGAACAUCGUCGAAAAUCUGAGGCACCCGUUCCUGUACUCGCUCGCCGAUUUGGGAAAUUUGCCUGAAAAGCCACACAAGAACAUAGUCAGAUUGCUCAAGGGGAAACCCUUCAGGAAGCCGGACAUCUCAGCUACGGUUCAGGAGGUUUUGGAGAAGUUCAGACGUGAAGGCAGAGAUGGGCUUUUUGUUGAUGUAGGGGGGAAUGUGGGUAUGGCUAGCUUCGCCGCCGCAGUGAUGGGUUUUCGGGUGCUGGUUUUUGAACCUGUUUUGGAGAAUUUGCAGCGGAUUUGUGAUGGGAUUUACUUGAAUCGAGUUGGGGAACUGGUCACUGUCUUUGAGGCCGCCACCUCUGACCAUCUUGGAAAUAUCACAUUUCACAAGCUGGUUGGCCGGCUUGACAAUAGUGCUGUAUCGGCGACUGGUGCGAAAUUGGCUUUCAAGUCAAACGAAGAGAUAGCACUUCAAGUUAGGUCUGUCCCUCUUGAUGAAGUAAUCCCAGAGUCAGAACCCGUGCUUCUACUCAAGAUUGAUGUUCAAGGUUGGGAGUAUCACGUUCUUAAAGGAGCAUCCAAGCUACUAUCAAGAAAGGGAAGUGAAGCCCCAUAUCUUAUUUAUGAGGAGGAUGAGCGGUUGUUGCAAGCCAGUAAUACAACUGCAAAAGAGAUUAGAGAAUUUCUUCAUAGUGUGGGAUAUCAUCAUUGCACGCAGCAUGGUACUGAUGCACAUUGCACUAAGAAGGAUUGACAUACAUACUUUGCCUAAGAUAUUGAUACAGAACUUAAACCACUCUGCAAUUCCACCUUGGAAUUCGAAUAUGUUUUCUUUGCGGAAGAAACAUUCCUAAGAAUGAGUUCGUUUAACUGAGAAUUUUUUGGUUUUGAGAGAAAAGAGGAGGUAAUGAAACUGUUCAAGCUCCUCUUGAGACUGUUGGCAUUCGAAUUCAAGCUCGUGUCGCUCGGAGAACGAUGAUCAUUUGCCGAACAUUGGUGAAGUGAAAGUUGGGAUUGAAAGAAGCUACUUCUUUUGCUCACUAAAAUAUGUGGGGUGGCUUGAUUACUGAUCUUUUCUUUGUUAGUUAUUGACUCGUGUAAAAUUCUUUGUUAUUUUAACAGAGGUCUUUUCAGAAAAUAGUUUUAGAUGUACCCAUAUCUUUGGGCUGCAUGUAUUUCAUUGGUUUGAAAUAGCGUUAGUAAUGUUAAAAUUUAGAUUGUAUGCAA